AUGUCUCAAUGGAUGUCAGCGACGUUCUUCGGAACAUCAAGUGGUGGAGGUCCAUCGGAGUCGCGCAACUGCUCGUCCACAGUCAUCGACAUUGUAGGAGAAGGAAGCCUCUGGAUGAUUGACUGCGCUGAGGGGACGUACAGACAGUUUACGCAGCAAUGGCAGCCCCCGUCGCGUGGAGGACAAGCACCGAGGCAUCUGAAAGCGAAUAAGGUGAACAACAUCUUCAUCACCCAUAUGCACGCCGACCAUGUCAUGGGCUUGAUAACAUUUUUACGGAAUACUCUAGGGUUCCCGCAUGAAGGCAAUGCUAAUCCCGGCCGCAAUCGCACUCCUAAGAUCAACAUCUAUGGGCCGGCCGGCUUACGCAACUUCGUCCGUCUCAAUCUACAGCUCACCAGCACUCGCACGGCCGACUCUUAUGUAGUGCACGAACUUCUAACACCGAGCGAUGUAUCUACACCGUGCGAACCAGAAGACGUACGCCACUCAAGUGAAGCUUCUGGAACAGACAUCGUGUGCGAUGAGCAAGGUUUCUGGCGGGACAUCGCGGUAGGCCGUAGAAGCGGCCGGGAUUCGAUCAUAGCGCAUGCCGGCCCUAUCGUUCAUCGAGAACCCUGCCUCGGAUAUGUAUUCAAUGAGCCUGUACCUCUCCCUAAUGCAGAGCACGCGCGCAUACCGCGCAAGCUGAUAAUCCUCGGCGAUACCUCGUCGCCUGCGGCACUCACCCCGCUUAUCCAAAGCAUUCCUGGCCGAUUAUGUCUUCUCGUACACGAGGCAACGGACUGCUAUGUUCCGGCGCAUGUCGAUCCUCAGAUGGCAGCGAAACGUACUCCGGAAACAGUAGCGCGAGUCACUGCUGAACGCGGGCACUCGACGCCCGUGGAGGCGGGAUACUAUGCUGGCCUCUGGGGUGCUGAACGGCUGGUCAUGAAUCAUAUUGGGGCAAGAUUCCCCGCACCGAAGAAUGACAGAACACCCGGGCAACGUGCUCGGGGUGCUAUCUUGAGGGAAAUGGAACUUCAGGCCUUCAAUGCGUGGUAUAGCACGGCGCCCGUCGUCGUCGAUGCUCCGGAUCUUCACUGGCAGCGCAGACCUAUCGCGGCGUAUGAUUAUCUGAGCGUCGAGAUUCCGCCUGCGCCAUACAUCGGACCCGCACCAACUGCUCCUGCUGCGUUCGUCCCUCCUCAGGCUUAA